UAAGAAAUCAUAUACCGUUUCUGUUAAGAAAUGAAAGAAAACAGUACAGGAACAGUGAAGUGGCUAUGUUCAGGAGUUUCGGAUACAUUUUAACAAUUCAUCGUCGUACUGACCGGACGUGAUAUUCAGCGAUGUCUGACGAUGCUGAUAUUCUCGAGAAAAUAAAGUGCAAAAUUUGUUUUGAGCCUGUGGAUAAACGUCCUGUAAAAUACAGUGGAUCCAAAUGUUACGUAUGUCUCCAUAAAAAGUGCUUGGGUAUUGUUACGAAGGUCUUUGUUGUGGAUGUCAAGAAGUGGCGUUGCCGCAGCUGCUGUGAAGACAGUAAGACGAAGAAAUGCAGCCGGAGUCUUAGUACAGACGAUCCAGUUUGUGACAGUGGUGUAGUUUUGAAAAAGGAAAUUGAUUGUCUGAAUAGGGAGAAGGAGCUGUUCGAAAAAAAUGCUUGUGGCCAUGAAUAUACAAUAGAUGUGCAGGUGAAAAGGAUAGCUGACCUCGAAGCGAAGUGUAUUCUAAAUGUGAGUGACAAAAACCUAAUUUUACCUGUCGAGCAAAAACUGGGCCCUGUUUCACACAGCCAAGCAAUAGAAACAAACAAACUGAAUGAUCUUCCUUCUUUUAAUAAUAAAAUCAGCUGAUAGUAGCAUUUCUAUUAAACAAGUUGGGAAGGAUUUCAAGUGUAAAUGUACUCCUGGGUCCUUUGAAGGUGGAGAUAUCCAAAGAUGCGGUGUUAUCGCUAAGCACGGCAGUAUAGCAAAGGUGUUUCUUAGGAGGUUUGGAAGUGUGCACGAGCUGCGACAAUCUAACCCGGAAGUCGGAGAAGUACUUCAGAUAACUGAAAAGGGUACCAACCGAAAGAUCUUCUAUCUGGUUACCAAGAAAGCUUCGUAUCCGAAACCGAAAUACUAGGAUGUCUGGAACGCUUUGUGUUCUCUUAGAGAAGUGUUGCUUGCCGAGGACCUGAGAAAAAUGGCAGUACCUAAGCUGGCAUGUGCACUGGACAACCUAGACUGGAGAAUCAUCCGAAGCAUGCUUGGGGUGGUCUUCCGGUACACAGGCAUUCGAUUUCUGGUAUGUUGUCGCAGUCCUAGACGGCUACCUCCUGGAAAGAGUGUGGAUUGUUACUUCUUCAGGAACUCAUAAUGCAAG